AUGGUCGGCGACCACGCGCCUACCUUCCUCCAGUCUCUCAUCGCAGGCGGACUCGCAGGGACCUCUGUGGAUCUUCUAUUUUUUCCAAUCGACACACUGAAAACGCGCCUGCAAUCUGCCCAGGGAUUCGCACGAGCUGGAGGGUUCAUAGGAGUGUACAAGGGCAUCGGUAGUGUCGUGGUAGGCAGCGCACCAGGAGCGGCGGCUUUUUUCUCGACAUACGACACGAUGAAACAGGUUCUUCCCUUCCAGGGACCCCUUGCGCACAUAGUGUCGGCAUCUGUUGGCGAAGUGGCAGCCUGCUUGAUUCGUGUACCUACAGAAGUCAUCAAGACGCGUACGCAGACGGGAAGCUACGGUGCCGCGCAGUCGUGGGAUGCGGCUAAGCGCAUUCUGGCAGAUGACAGCCUUCGGGGCUUUUAUCGUGGGUUUGGUAUUACAGUUAUGAGAGAGAUACCGUUCACGUCCAUCCAGUUCCCCUUGUACGAAUUGUUGAAGCUCCGGCUGUCUAAAUUUGUCAAACGAAAACCGUUGUAUGCGCAUGAAGCUGCCGUAUGCGGGAGUAUUGCUGGUGGUGUCGCUGCAGCCUUGACAACACCGCUGGACGUGCUGAAAACUCGGGUUAUGCUCGAUCUACGGAACUCGGAAGAGCGGCUGCCUUCGCUUAUGGCUAGAAUGAAGACAAUUUAUAGGACCGAGGGCCCGAAGGCUCUCUUUGCUGGAGCCGUUCCGCGAACGCUAUGGAUAUCGGCUGGUGGUGCUGUCUUCCUGGGUGUCUACGAAUGGGCCGUCCAUGGUUUAAUGGGAUGGUAA